UGAAAAUAUAUAAAACUGGGGCGCCUUCAGAAUCCUAAGUUCUGUUUUUGUAACUAACGACAUAGUGAGAGUAGCAGAAGUCAGAAAUGAAGUUCUGUAUUUUCGUAAUUUUGGUGUGCCUCCAAACAACAAUACCUCUGGCACAAGGACAAAACAUCAGAGACCGUAUCAAUGAAAUCAUACAAAAUAUUAAAAAUCAAAUUCCAGAGCCAGUUGAGAUGACCGACACUAGCGUUGCUCUCCCAGAAAACGAUAAUUUUGGAGGAUGCAUAAACAUUACAAACUGGACGAUUAGUGGACUGCGAGAUUUCAAUAUCGACGUUGACUACAGCGGGACAAUUAUUCCGAUUCCAAGAGGAUUUACUAUCACCAUCGACAGUAUGGACAUGUACAGGGAUCUUCUGGCAAGUUUCGAGGCCUACUACAGGUCGUCGAUUUUACACUACGAGUCCGAUGCAAGCUUUGACAUACAAAACAUUCUUGGCGACAGAUUCAGUAGACUACUGAGCACAAUUUUAAGUAACACUGUAGCCGACUUUCUGAAUUUAGUCCAGGAACCCGUUUCUGAACGCUUGGUGGAUAUAAUCAACUCAAUCAUCAGAGAUAUCUUGCAAGAGUUAAAUGAAGUUAAUACUCAAAAGAUGUCUGCCGCAACAAGUCAAGAAAGGGCCAUGGAAGAUUUGGGACGGUUCCUUGAGAUAUUAGAGAAUCGUAUGGGUCUAAAAUCCUAA